AUGACCAAGCGGGUUUCAGUCCUGGUCGUUCCUGCUACGGCCAGGUACUUGACGCAGUUCAUAGAAGAUGGCUUCGAAAACCAACUCAAAACUGGUGUCGUGCUUGUUGAUCUUACCGCGGCAUAUGACAUUGUCAGCCACAAGGGUCUCCUCCGCAAGGUAACAAUAGCUCUUCUCUCGUUGGCGGCGGCGGCGGCGUGGGCGGUUCCUCAGGAGGGCUACAACUACCCGGCGCCCGGGGAUCAAGGACUCGGAACCGGGUCGGGGCAGUUCGGGUCUGGAUUCGGACAGGUACAGUACCCGUCCGUCCCCGCCCAGUACAACUUCCAGUGGGACGUCAGCGAUCAGUUUUCGGGGAACUUCUACGGCCACCAAGAACAGAGGGAGGAUGAAAACACUCAGGGGAAGUACUACGUGUUGCUUCCUGACGGCCGACGUCUAGUGGUGGAGUACUACGUCGACAACGCGGGCUACCACCCCAGCAUCGCCUUCGAGGGAGAGGCGCAGUUUCCCUCAGGGCCAUCUCGAGGAUCAGGCCAGGGCUAUGGCCAAGGUGGUUCAGGCGGCAACCAAGGCUUCGGACAGGGAGGCCCCGGACAAGGUCAGGGCUUCGGGCAGGGUUCAGGGUCAGGCCAGGGACAGGCACCCUCACAGUCCUACUUACCUCCAUCUAAAUAA